GCGGGGCCCCCAAGGGCGCGCCGAGAUGUUCGACAGCUCACAGUACCCCUAUAACUGCUUCAACUACGACGCUGACGACUACCCGGCCGGCUCGGACGAGGAGAGGCGCGGGGCGAGGCCCGCGUACAGCUACAUCGCGCUGAUCGCCAUGGCCAUCCAGCAGAGCCCCGCGGGCAGGGUGACCCUGUCGGGCAUCUACGACUUCAUCAUGCGCAAGUUCCCCUACUACCGCUCCAACCAGCGCGCCUGGCAGAACUCCAUCCGCCACAACCUGUCGCUCAACAGCUGCUUCGUCAAGGUGCCGCGGGCCGCUGGCCAGGAGAAGGGCAAAGGGAACUACUGGACGUUCGCCGGCGGCUGCGAGUCCCUGCUGGACCUCUUCGAGAACGGCAACUACCGGCGGCGGCGGCGGCGGCGCGGUCCGAAGCGCGAGGGCGCGCGGGGAGCACGCGCGGGGGCCGCUCCUGGACCGGGAUCCGGGGGGUCUCCGGAACCCGCCCGCCGCGAGGGCCCGGACCCCGAGGGCCCAUCCACCGUGGGGAAGGACGGUCCCAGGGACAUCAAGUUCAGCAUCGACUACAUCCUCUCGGCCCCAGACUCAGGGGGCUCUGCGGUCCCCAGGAAAGUGGGUACCCCCGGCUGGAGGCCCAGCCAAUGAACCUCCACUUUUGGACAAUGUGAGAGCCGGAGGUGGGGCUGUGUCCGUGGGGGCUCUGCGGAUCCAGCUCCUCCUGGACCAGGUCUUGCGGACACUCACUGCUGACUUGGUCCAGGGCCAUGGCACCAAGUCUG